AUGAGUCUAGUUAGCGGAUAUAGCGGCCCACACCCCGUAGCAUUGUCGAUGUCAAGCGAUUGUGCUUAUCACCACAACGGAAUUCAUUCAGCCACCGCUCAGUCGUACCAUCUUGAAGACCACGACGGGCCGUAUUAUCAAAAUUGGAUCCUGAACGGCGGUGAGUUGUCCCCCACCGAUUACUCCAUGCAGUGCAGCCCGCCCAAUAACUCUUACGAACACGACUUUUCGAUGGGUGCCGGUGCGUAUCUACCCAAGGUACGACCCGUGAAGCGGCGGUGCAGCGCCAACAAGAAGGAAAGACGGCGUACCCAGAGCAUCAACAGCGCGUUCGCCGAUCUCAGAGACUGCAUCCCGAAUGUACCCACCGAUACAAAACUGUCUAAAAUCAAAACACUGAGACUGGCCACCAGUUACAUCUCGUACUUAAUGGACUUGCUAGGCAGGGAAGACGCACAUAAUCUUUCUCCGAGUGAGUUCCAAGCAGAUAUCAGAAGACUGGACCCAAAGAGACGCCACAGCGAACCGGAUUCUCGUGUGACCAGCAACCAUAAUUGCGAUAAGCGUUUAAGAGGUCGGACGGGCUGGCCACAACACGUGUGGGCAUUGGAACUAAGAAACUGAAGAAAUCAUGUAUAUUUGUAGACACCUGAUUCGCCAAACAAGAUCGGCUCUUGGUAUGCAUCGGGGAGAAACGAAUGACAAUAAUAAUUAUUAUGUAACAAUUCACUGUCGGGGUUGUCUACAAAGCCACGAGAAGACUUAAAUCAUGCGCGGUUUUCGCCCAUGAUAAUCAGACUUGCCGCACAUUCGAUCAACGCAAACAACAAGUGACUGUAUCGUCAGGUGGACCAAUUUUUUGCGCUGUAUUUAAC